CGGGAGGCGGCCAUCAUGGCGCUGCGCGCUGCCGCCGCCCGCUGCUGCCUCCUGACGCGGGCCCUGGCGGGGCCGGGGGUCUCUCGGCUCCCUCUGCCGCCCCCCGCAGCCGCCUCAGCCCCGUCGCUCUUCGGGUCCCGCCGGUUCCGCCCGUCCGCGCGGUUCGCCAGUAGCGGGGGUCAGGGCGCGGAGCCUGAGGGCCCGCAGCGGCGGGUGGUGGUGGUGAGGAUCACCAGCCCCUUCGCCUGGCUCCGCACACGCUUCUAUUACCUCCUCAUCCGCCUCUACUUCGACCAGGAGUUCAGCAUCGAGGAGUUCACCCGGGGGGCCAAGCAGGCCUUUUCUGUUGUUUCAAAGCUGCUGUCUCAGCGUAAACUUGACCUGCUGGAUGAGCUUGUCUCCGCAGAGGUGCUCCAGGUGCUGAAGGAAAAGAUUUCUUUGCUCCCUGAGAGCCACAGGGAUGCCUUAGCAGCUGACAUUGAUGCCAUCAUGUACACGACAGAGGGAGAUGUGCGCAUUUACUACGAUGAUGAUGGAAGAAAGUUUGUCAGUAUCCUGAUGCGGUUCUGGUAUCUGAAUGGUGCUAACCUGCCUGAUGAAGUACCAGGUGAAACAAAAGUUUUCCAGAUUAUGUUUGGAGAUGAAAGCACAAAAGAAAAAAGACAUCUCUUAACAGCAAACUAUGAGUUCCAAAGGGAAUUUACAGAAGGUGCAAAACCAGACUGGACAAUUACACGGAUUGAACAUCCAAGGCUAUUAGAAUAAAUACCUUCCACAGUCUUUUUAUCUACCACUGGAGAUGUUUUCCUGCUUUCUCCUUGAAAAGAGGCAGGAAUUUUGUAUGGUUGAUUUUCCAAAAAUUGAUCCUGAAACUUUCCCUAUGCUGCAGCAGUGCAAUAAAGCCUUUUCCCUGGAGAGGGCUGGUACAACUUUCAUUGGUACUGAUGCUCAUCCAAGGCAUUCACAACAGCUCAGUGUCCCACAGGCCAGUUCUGCUGGUAUGUCAGCUUUUUAUAUUCUGAGAAGAAAUGCUACUGCUUGAAGAUAAACAAGACUCUCCUGGCUGGUGGCCCUCCUGAGUUAUUUUCCUGUUUCUUUUUCUUUCCUAGGGACUGUACAAUGUGUAAUUGCAUAGUAUGCAAGAUGAAAUAGAGGUAGAUGGACUUCUUAGAUUGUCUAGCCUCAGCAGUUCAUUUUGAGGUAAUCUUGUUUUUGAGUAUAUUCUAGAUUAAGUUAGAGCCAUUAUCAGUAUUUGGUACAGGUCUGGAGUAAAUAAAAACAAUUUUUAGCCUUGCACUGGGAAAUGGAGUAAAGAUACAUGUGUUUUGAAAAGUAACAACAUUCCUUUCAGUUCAGUAACGUGCAGGCAAUCCCAAGUUUAGAGGCUGAUGAAAUAAAAGUCAGUCAGAACCAUGGACUUCAAAGAGGACCUGGCAGUGAAACUGAAUGAAGUCCUCUACUUAAAAUGCUUUUUGAACAACUGAGCAGCUUGUUAAUAUUAGAUAUUUCAACUGAAAAAUUUCCCAACUUUCAGAUUCUCAGUUUCUGGAACGUGAGAUCCUUGGUGCAAGUAGCUUGAGAUUUUUGGAGAUCAUAAUAUUUUCUUUUUUAUCCCCUAUCUCAACUUUAAAGAUAAAGCUAACUUUCUAAUCUAGAGAUUCAGGCAGUGUUUUGAAAGUAAAAUAAGCACAGCAACUGGGAUUCACAGUGAGUGGGAUUGAAAAAAGUGUAAAUUUAAUUUUCCAUGGUUCAGCUCUUUUGAUGCUGUGAUUUAAUGAGACUCAUGUUUAAAGCUUAUUAAGUUUUAUAUCAAGUGCUGGAAAAAUAAUUAAGGUAUUUUGCUCUGUCUUGGCAGCAGCAGGAGCUUAGCCCUAUAAUGGAGAAUUUGUGAUUUAUCCUCUGGACAAAGCUCACUGGGGACAGAGAGCCUCUUCUUCUAGGGAGAAACAAAAUUAUUUCUUGAGAAUUCUAUAUUUGCUGCUUAGCAUGCAGUCAGUCUGGAAAAGUUUGAGACAAAGUGAAAAAUGUUUUUUAUUCUGUGAGCCAUUUCCUGUCCAGUUUGGCCACUGAAUGAUGUGCCAGAAGCAGCUGUGAUCAGACAUAUUUAACAUGGUAUCAGGAGAACCAAGCAGGACACUGGUGAGGUGUGCAGAUACACUUCUAAAAAAAGUUAUUAUUGUGGAGUAAAAGAAGAGAAAAACCAGUGAAGCCAUGUUCAUAUUCAGGAGUAUUUUCACAUUAAAGCAACAGAGGUCUGUGUAGAAAUGCUACUACUUCUUCAUUUGGGUGACUUUAUUAGUAUCUUUUUUGCUUCCUUGGAUAUAUCCGAACAGGGGUCUCUGUCAGAACUGAUGAUGGAUUGCCCCUUUAAUAGUGAGUGCUCCAUUUUGGAAGCAAAGGCAAAGUAGACCCUUCUGUAUGACCAGAAAUAUUUUUUGGUCACCAUGAACUUGUGACUUGAUAGGAACAUGCCCCAGAUAGGAACAUGCCCCAAACUGAUAACACAGUUUUGCUGAAAAAUUGGAAAAUUUCUAUGUGCUCUUUUAUGCUUUCAAGGAUGUGCUUGUCUUGUAGGUUGGGGGGACAGCUGUGGGAUGCUUGUGCCUUUUUCCUCUCCAAUCUCCAUUUUAAAAACUAUCCUGGAGAUUAAAAUCUCCAGCAGAUGCAGAAUUACCCAUGGCCUUGCUGCACCUUGAAAAAAAUCUGAAAAGCACAUCAAUUACUAAGCCCACUGUGCUGGAAAGUGGUUGGCUUCCACAGUGAAUAAAAUUGGUGUAAUUAAACUGGAUUCAUGGUGUAAAUUACCCAGAACAAUGAGGUCACACACUGGCUGGACUACCCUUCAGCUGUGAAUGGAGAUUCAAAGCACCAUAUUUUUCUUCCCUGGGCAAAAUCUUGUGUUUUUGAGGUUCAUGGGGGGGGUUGGGAAGCCUUUAUUUAUUUGUUCAUCUGAAACUGUGGUCAUUUUCACUAAUUACUGACAAUGCUCAGCUGCAAACAGCUGCGUGGCACGAUUUCAGUGCAAGUGUCUGAAUCUAUGCUAUACAAGCACCAAUUAAAUGUGGCCAACAAAAAAAUAACUCAUUAAUUUGCACACCCCUCUCACCAGUAGAUGGCCCUGGUCCCACAGCUAUUGUGGGUGGGAAGGGGCUGGCAUUAGUGAGAGUGUAAGACGGAUAAAGAAUAAGAUGGUAGAAGCAUUGAUUAUAACUUAAAUGCUAUUUAAUUAAUUGAGACCUGUCUAAUUAAAAAGUCUUGACAUUCUUACUGGCUUCAUCCUGAGGCAGUGCUAGUGCCUUGUAAUCAUUUUAGAGUGGCAAUUUAAAAGCAUUCUUAAUAUGGGAAAGGUGAGUUGCACAUGUGAAUUCACACCUUAGUGCCUGACAGGAGCAAACCUGAGCUCUAUAAACACAUUUUCAGUUAUGUUUAUCAUGGUAAUUGUGGUGUCUUUCCCUCCUUGUCUGAGCAUUGUGUGAUUAAUUCAGGAGCCACAUUCAACUUUCUCCAGUUUUCAGAGCAAGUUCAAGCUUGACCUUUGCUUCAGGUUAUAUUUAGGAAAUUAUUGUCAAGUCCUAUGGCUGAAAAGCUCUUUAGUAGUAAAAGUCAUAUUGCUUGUCAUCAAA